AUGACCGAAUUUCAGGAGUUGCCGGAAGGAUGCAUCGCCACCAUACUGUCUCGUACUACUCCCGUCGACGCCGGCAGAUUCUCCGUCAUUUCCAAGCCAUUCCGUUCUGCGGCCGAAUCCGAUGCGGUCUGGAAUCAAUUUCUCCCUUCCGAUUCCAAUUUCAUAGACUCUCUCAUCUCACAGUCUCCUUCACUCGCCAACGCUCCUACCAAGAAAGCUCUCUAUCUAGCUCUCUCCGAUCGUCCUAUCAUCAUCGAUAAUGGUCACAAGAGCGUUCAAUUGGAUACAAAGACUGGAAAAUUUUGUUACAUGCUUGCUGCUCGAUCUCUUACUAUAAUUUGGAGUGAUCAUGACCAAUAUUGGAAAUGGAUUCAUUUGCCUGAUUCCAGAAACCGUUUUGUCGCGGCCGUUUUUGCGUUCGCUGACUGUAUUUGUGAAUCGAUCCGUCACACUCAACAUUUGUUCCCUGAAGUCGCUGAGCUUCUUGAUGUAUGUUGGUUUGAUAUUCAUGGUACGAUUAACACCAUUGCAUUGUCCCCAAAUACGGAGUAUGCUGCUUAUGUUGUGUUCAAGAUGGUUGAUCCCCAUGGAUUUCAGAACCGUCCCAUAGAGCUAUCAGUUUUUGUCGAAGGUGGACAUAGUAGUACUAAAAAUGUCUGUUUGGAUCCUGUUGUGGUAGGUAGGCCUCACAACAGAGUAGUAGGAUUGCAAUAUCCUUAUAUGAGAAGUGAUGGGUGGUUGGAGAUUGAGAUGGGGGAGUUCUUCAAUUCAGGCAUAGAGAAUGAAGAAGUCCAUAUGAAGGUUUUGGAGACGGGUGGUAAUUGGAAGAGAGGUCUCAUUGUUGAAGGAAUAGAAGUUAGGCCUACUUAG